CGUACGUCUAUCGGUUACGUAGAGGUUAGAGUCGGAGGAGGGGGAGGGAGGAAGCCAUUCGACGUGGAACUGCCGUGCUGUGACAGGAUGUUCUUGAUUACGUACUGACGUCAUGCUGCGUUAGCGCUUGAUCAUGACGUCAUCAUCCGCGUACGUGACUUCCGUCUGUUUGUUCAUUUCGUCAUGCAUGCUGCGAAUCUUCUGGAUAAACGUUUCGAAGUGCAGAUAAACAUCUCUUUCACGAUUAAACGUGUGAAACCAGCAAGGUAGCAGGGCGCGCGUGAAGUGGAAGACGCUAAAGGCGAGGAGAAGGAGCGGGAGAGGAAUCGGAGGAGAAGACAGGUGGGGGAGGUUAAAGAGGCGGCCAGCUAGGGAUCGUUAAUGUAUACGGAGAGAAGAAGCUGCACGUUCCUCAUAAAAUGGCAGAUGCCAGGCCGCAAUGGAAUAAACGAGUGGUCAAUGUCGAUGACGACACAAAGUUGUACGACUGGGUACUAAAGCGUAGGGAGGCACAGAAGCUGGAAAAGAAAGAGACAGAGAAGAGAAGGAAGGAGGAGGAGGCAUGGUCGCAAAAGAUGAAAGAAAUAGCCGCCGCAUUUGAGGCGUCAUCAGACGACGAUGACGAUGACGAUGACGAUGACGAUGACGAUGACGCUGACGAUGACGAUGACGAUGACGAUGACGAUGACGAUGACGAUGGCGGCAAUGACGACAAUCGUGACGAUGCUACUUCGCAGACACGCAGAGAUCUUACGCCAGGACCAGAAAGUAGACACGAUGCAGAACAGGAAGAUAAAUCAAAACCAGAGCCAGAGCUGAGGCCACAUACUGAACCGGAACAGGAAUUAAAUCCUGAACCAACACCAGAACAAAUUCAAGAACCGGAACCGGAAUUAAAUCCUGAACCAACACCAGAACAAAUUCAAGAACCGGAACCGGAAUUAAAUCCAGAGCCGAAACAGGAAUCGAUUCCCACACCAGAAGCGGACCCACAACCGGAACCGGACCCACGACCGGAACCGGACAGUCCAAUAAAAACUGCCGGGACAGGUGAAGUUAUUAUUCCUGACGAUAUCGACGGAUAUGCAGAGCCGGUGGCAGCGCGGAGUUUAGACGGCUUCUUCUGUUUAGACGACGAGACCAGGGCAACCAUACAGCGCGAUACCGAUAAACUGUACAAGUGGGCAGUGAACUGCCGCAGUGACGACAUGCACAUGAUCAAAGAACUACUCUUUCCCGACGAGAAUUAGUAUGCGGGCGUGUGGCUUUACAGAGUCGUAGUCCGCGACGCUACAAAAAAAAUCAUAUCCAGGUAUUCUUUACGAUGCGAAUCCAGCGAAUGGCGAACGAAGAUGUGGGGUCGGUGUCAGGAGAGGUUCACUAGUCUGUGAAUUGCGCUGCCAUCGUAGGCCUACUAACAUCGGCAGCAGUUAGAGCAGCGGUUCUUAACCUGGGGGUCGUAACCCACAUGGGGGUCGUUUUUUCGGGGGUCAUCAAGGGGUCAUAAAUGAAACGAAUCCAUAAAAAUUCUAUAUAAUUAUCAGGGUACUACAAAAUUUAAUUCAUAAAUUUGGUUGCCCACAAGCCCAAAGCACUUGUCCGAUUUUUGUUUAUCACCGGAUGGCUGCGAAGCAAUUUCAGCCAUCCCAUUGACAGAGAGUAUUGGCAGAUGUUUCCAUAAAUCGGAUUGUUUUUUUUUCAAGUUUUGUUUCGGGGGUUACGGUACUGACCAAGAAUGUAUGAUGGGGCCGUGGGGCCUAAAAGGUUAAGAACCACUGAGUUAGAGGAACAGUAGUAGGCCCCUACUAGAGCUGACAGAGCUGCCAACCCUUCCGAUGUCGGCGGCGAUUUGUACGAUUUUAGCCUAUAAUUCCGCCAUUACGAUUCACUCACAUGUUCUACAAUUUUGGACCAUUAUGCGUGGAAAAAAUUUAAUCUCGAUGUAAAAACUGCCUGGAGAAUUGUUACCAUUCCUGCUAUGGGAGUGGUCAUUUUACAGAAAGUUGAUAUAUAUAUAUAUAUAUAUACAGUACUUCCAAGGAACGUAACACUCAUUCAAUUAGUCCAGCGGUAGAGACUCGACCUAUCAUGUUCAAUGUUGUGUUGUAUUAUUUGUGUUCUCAUAGCCUGUUUCAUAGACUACGAAUUAUGUAUGACUGUAUCAUAAAUGUAUUAAGUUAGUCUAUGCUUGUAUCUCUGUGUUUGUCGUUACAUUACGAUGAGUAUGCAUAUGAUUGUAUUUUAUUUGUAAAUUGAUGUAGAACUGUUAUUGAAUCAUGUAGUAUUGUGCUUAAAUGACUCGUUACCCCGGAUUCCUACUUGCUGAAGAAAGUUCCCACUUGUAAAGAUUCAAAUUCUUAUUAGAUAAAGGUCAAUGGACUGCUUACGUAAUGAUGAGUAGCGAAAAGCUAAUUAUAGAAUCUACAUAGUUGCAUAUUUCUAUCACACACACAUAAUACACAAUUUCGUGUUUAUGCGUAUGAUUAUUGCAUUCAUGCCCAGAAUAACUGUGACGACAGUGCUAAGAAGUGUGCGGCUUCUACGCUAUUUAAUAAAGCACAUGGUAGUGA